AAACUACUCCGCCAAAUCCGCGCCGUCUUCCGUACACUUCCGAUCCUCUCACCAGCUUGCCGAAUUCCACUGAACGGCAGUCGUCUGCACGACGGCCAGGUCCACGGCGGCGCUCGAAUCACCGGAACGAUCUUCGGAUACCGGAAAUCGCGAGUGAAUUUGGCGUUCCAAGAAAGCCCUAGAUGUCUCCCGAUGUUAAUUUUGGAAUUGGCGAUUCCGACGGGGAAAUUGCUCCAAGACAUGGGGCUAGGGCUCGUUAGGCUCGCCUUGGAGUGUGAGAAGCGGCCAUCGGAGAAGAGGAAGAUUCUAGAGGAGCCGAUUUGGACAUUGUUCUGUAAUGGAAGAAAAUCGGGAUAUGCCGUUCGGAGAGAUCCGUCGAAUGAGGAUCUCAAAAUUAUGCAGACUUUGAAUGCAGUGUCGAUGGGCGCCGGAGUGAUUCCGGCGGAGGAGGCGGAGGAGACGGCGGACGGCGAUCAAUUGACGUACAUGAGAGUGGAUUUUGAGCGAGUGACUGGAUCGAAGGAUUCCGAGACUUUCUAUAUGAUGAAUCCUGAUACCAAUAAUGGUGCUGAGCUCAGCAUUUUUUUGGUUAGAAUUUAAAUGUUAAUUUCUAUUUUUUUUUUUUGGGCUUGAU